AUGUUUAUAUGGGUAUCAAAGCAAUUAAAUAUAGUUAAAGAAUGUAGCAAAGUUGGUGAAACUAUUUAUUUUAGUAUAACAUUUGAGAAAUUUAAGGAGUUUGGUAACGUCGGUAGGGAAGUUAUUGGAUCCAUAUGUAAUAGGACGAGGAGUAGGAAAAGAUUUUCUAACAUUACUUUCUUUGAUUAUAAUAAAGUUGAACUUGAACUUACGGACUUGGGAAAUGUAGGCAGGCUGUAUUCUUUUACAAAG